AUGGGGUUCUCCCGACACAACAUAGCAGCAGUGCUGCUGAAUCUUGCUGUAGUCGUCCUAGCUCACGGCGAUGACGAGCAUGAUGGCAUGGACAUGGGAAACGUGAGCAACUCUGAAGUGCCUGACAGGCAACCCGGCACCAAGGAGAUCAACAACUAUGACGCCCCGAGUUAUUAUGGCCUCGACUUGCAUGCAAAUAUGAUGCUGGCUCACAUCGUCCUCAUGGUCGCAGCGUGGUUCUUUGUCCUCCCCUUAGGUGUAAUGUUGAGCGUCGCCAAAUCGAGGUUCGCCCUACCGAUCCAAUUCUUGUUCUUGGUGUUGAAUGGAGCCGGCGUCGUGUUUGGAACAGUAUACAACGUCGACACUCCGGAUCUUUAUGAAAACAACGCUCACCACAAAAUCGGAUGGAUCGCGACGUGGGUCAUGACCGCGCAGUUGAUCAUGAGCUUGCUGUUCACCUAUUCCGGGCGCGGCAAGAGAGCCAACGAAACAAAUUACGAGCGCGCUGCAUUCUUGCAUCUGCCCGCAGCGGACUUGCGAGAACACACCAUGCGACCAUAUUCAGACUAUCGAUGGUCGGGUGACAGUGGUCAGGGGACCGAGCGGUCUUCGGUGUCGAACAGCAGAGACAUUUCUCCCACCGGUCCACAUCGACGAGACACUUUUGAUGACUUUGAGAAGCCCGAGCCACUGCCUGCGGAUGACGAUGACGAUGACGAUGAACAGGAUGACCUCCCCGCAGAGUCGCAUGAGGUGCCUCAGUCGCCAGGAUCUCGUUGGUUUCGCAUCCGUCGUGUCGACGCCUUUCUUUCCGCACGAGUUCCGAACCUGCUCUCGGCCAAGAUUUUGCGCUUGAUUGAGGUAGUGUACGAUGUUGUCGACAGGACCAUCCUGAUCCUGGGAUUCAUCGCGUUGGUGACUGGCGGGGUAACGUACGCAGGCAUAUUCAGAGGUGAAAAUGUCUUGAACGGCCUGGCACAUUUCGUCAAGGGAGGAAUCUUCUUCUGGUACGGAUUGCUCACCCUUGGACGUUGGAUGGGGUGCUUUGCCGACAUGGGGUGGAGCUGGAACAUUAAACCGGAUCGUAGCGAGGUUGGCCAAUGGAAAGCCAGCAUGCCCUCGGCUGAAUUCGUCGAGUCUUUCGUGAUUUGGCUAUACGGCUGUACCAAUGUGUUCCUGGAGCAUUUGGCUGCUUGGGGGGAUGUAUGGACUGCGCAGGAUCUUGAGCAUGUGUCCAUUUCCAUCAUGUUCUUUGGUGGUGGACUGUGCGGUAUGCUCAUCGAGUCCCAAACCAUUCGCCGAUGCCUCAAUGUGAAUGUGGAAAACAUGUCGGGUCGAACAGAAAAACAUUCCGGGGAUGGACACAAAGUGCGCGAUGGUCCAAAGGCCUAUGAGGCAUCCCUCAACCCGAUGCCAGCCUUGAUCAUUCUGCUACUCGGAGUCAUGAUGUCUUCUCAUCACCAAGCAUCAAUGGUGUCGACCAUGGUCCACAAGCAAUGGGGUAAUUUGCUUGUCGGUUUUGCAUUUGCUCGGAUUGGAACAUACAUCCUCACCUACAUCUCACCACCCACGUCCAUCUUCCCAUCGCGGCCACCUACCGAGCUGGUUUCGGGAUUCUGUCUCAUCUCAGGUGGUCUUGUCUUCAUGGCCAGCACCAAAGACAUCAUCCACUACAUGGAAUCAGCCGAUUUGAUGGCCAUGUUUGUCUUCACUGUUGUGAUGGGCUUGACUGCCUUCAUCAUGGCUUAUGAGAUCAUUGUUCUCUCCCUCAAGGGAUGGGCCACACAAAAAGAGCUCAAGCGGGCUUCAACGCCAGGUCGAUAUUGA